GUCCUACGCAAGCCCACCACGACCCCCCUUGCCCUACUGCCCUUUCCCUUCGUCUUCGACGUACCCUUACUCUAGACUUUUUCAAAUCGCCAGUUUUUGAUCAUCAUGGCUGUCGUUGGUAUCGAUUUUGGUACUCUUCACAGCAAGAUUGGUGUUGCUAGGAGAAAAGGUAUUGAUAUCAUCACUAAUGAAGUGUCUAAUCGCCAAACACCGUCUCUCGUCGCUUUCGGUCCCAAGCAACGUGCCCUCGGCGAGUCUGCGAAAACCCAAGAGACCUCAAAUUUUAAGAACACCAUCGGUUCUCUCAAACGACUCCUCGGGCGGACAUUGAACGACGUUGAGGUCCAGGAGUACGAGAAGAAGUUCAUCAACGCCUCUCUGGUUGAUGUCGGUGGAAGCGUCGGUGUUGAGGUCAACUACCUCGGCGAGCGCCAAAAAUUCUCCGCCACGCAACUCGUCGCCUCCUACCUCGCUAAACUUCGUGACAUCACCGCGAACGAGCUCAAGAACAGUGUAUCCGACUGUGUCAUCUCCGUUCCCGGCUGGUACACUGACAUUCAACGACGAGCACUUCUUGAUGCCGCUGCCAUCGCCGGCCUAAACCCCCUCCGCCUCAUCAACGACACCACCGCCACCGCUCUCGGAUACGGUAUCACCAAAUCCGAUCUCCCUGAAGCUGAAAACCCCCGCCAUGUCGCCUUCGUCGACGUUGGCCACUCUUCCACCUCUUGCUCCAUCGUCGCGUUCUCCAAGGGCCAACUCGUCGUCAAGGCUAACGCUUAUGAACCCCACUUCGGUGGCCGCGACAUCGAUCUCCGCCUCGUCGAGUACUUCGCCGAGGAGUUCAAGGAAAAAUACAAGAUCGACGUUCUUAACAACCCCAAGGCCGUCUUCCGUCUCUACGCCUCCGCUGAGAAACUGAAGAAAGUCCUCUCCGCCAACGCCGAAGCUCCCAUCUCCGUUGAAUCCAUCAUGAACGAUAUCGACGCCUCCUCGAAGCUGACUCGCGAGAAAUACGAAGAGCUGAUCAACCACCUCCUCGACCGUAUCCCUGCCCCUCUCAAGGCCGCACUCGCCGACUCCGGUCUCACCCUCGAGCAGCUCGACGCCAUCGAGCUCAUCGGUGGCUCCACCCGUAUCCCUGCCGUCCGUGCUCGCAUCCAGUCCGUCUUCGAGGGCAAGACCCUCUCUACGACUCUUAACCAGGACGAAGCCAUCGCCCGCGGUGCGACCUUCUCCUGCGCCAUGCUCUCCCCCGUCUUCCGUGUUCGUGACUUCGCCAUCCAGGACAUCGCACACUACCCUAUCAAGAUCCGCUGGGAGAGGACCGAGGGCGAUACGGACGACGAUACCGAGCUGGUCGUGUUCCCCAAGGGCAACCACGUGCCCUCCACGAAAAUCCUAUCGUUCAACCGCACGGCGCCCUUCGACCUCGAGGCGGUUUACGCUGAGCCCGAGUCGCUCCCUGGGUCCAUCAACCCUUGGCUCGCUCGCUUCACCGCCAAGCAAGUCGGCCCGCCUCCUGCCGGUGAGGAGUUCUUGACGGUCAAGGUCAAGACGAGGUUGUCGAACCAUGGAAUCGUGUCGUUCGAGCAGGUGUAUACCGAGGAGUUGGACGUGCAGGAGGUUGAGGUGAAGGCUGAUGAGCCGAUGCAGGUGGAUGGUGCCGAGGGUGCCCCUGCGCCUGCGGAGGGCGAGACGAAGAAGAAGACGAAGAAGAGGGUUAUCAAGAAGGAUGUGCCAUUCAUUGCUGCGUAUAACAAGCUCGACAGCACUAUCCUCGAGGAGUACAAGGAGGUUGAAGCGAAGAUGCACGCUGCCGACAAGCUUGUCCAGGACACUGAGGACCGUAAAAACGCUCUCGAGGAGUACAUCUACGACAUGCGUGGCAAGCUCGACGACCGAUACGCCCCUUACGCCCAGCCCGCCGAGAAGGAGAAGCUCCUCGUCGAGCUCUCCAAGGAGGAGGACUGGCUGUACACCGAAGAAGGCGAAGACGCCACCAAAUCCGCCUACGUCUCCCGUCUUGACGCGCUCCACAAGCUCGGAGACCCCAUCACCGCUCGCUGGCGCGAAGCUGAGGACCGUGCCCGCGCGAUGGCCGAGCUCCGCGACACGAUCAACACCUACAUGUCCCAGGCGACGUCCUCGGAGGAGCGGUACAGCCAUAUCGACCCCAAGGACAAGCAGUCGAUCGUCGAGAAGUGUGCGACCGUGCAGCAGUGGCUCGAGGACCAGAACGCAAGGCAGGUGGAGAAGCCUAAGAAUGUGGACCCGGUGUUGACGACGGCGGAGAUGGCGAAGAAGAGGGAGGAGAUCAUCUUCUUUGCGACGCCGAUCAUGACGAAGCCCAAGCCCAAGCCUCCCAAGGUUGAGGGAACCGACACCCCCAAGAGUGGGCAGCAGACGCCAAACCCGCCUCCGAAGGCUGAGACGGAGACCCCGCCUAAGACUGAGGGAGAGGCUGCUGAUGAGGGGCCAUCUGAGAUGGAUAUCGAUUAGGUGGAUGGACGUUCGUAGAUUGUGAGGAGGGGCUCACCCGCUUGCUUUUUCAUAAUGCGUGGUUGUUGUGUCGAUGAAGUCUUGGUGUCCUUGUAGUGAUAUACGUACGCAGUUGUAGCUCAAUGUUCGAAGCUUUGUUGUUCAAUACGUUCCAUUAGAAUAGAACUUGACUAUAUUCUCAUCCCG